CUUGGAGCUGAUCCCGCCUCUUCCGGGGAUCUGGUGGCUGCGGUAGCAAUAGCGGCGUGUUUCUUCCAUGGCUGGGGAGGUUGAGUGGAUCUACCGGGGAGAUCCCCAGGAAGGGCAGAGAGCUCCGCUAGUUCAAUUUACAAAUGGGAAACUGAAGAAUCCUGAAAAUAUGAAUUUCACUUUGUACAGAAACAAAGACAUCAGUAAUCCCAGAAAGAAGAAUUAUACAAUUGUGAAUGCAGAAACAGACCGGCUGUCUUACGUAGGAAAUAACUUUGGUGCAGGAGCCCUAAAAUGCAAUAAUCUUUGCAGAUAUUUUGUCGGUGUUUUAGAUGAACCUUCUGGGAAAAUGGAGGUCUACAAUGCAGAAUUGUUCAACUUGCAGCCAUUAAUUUCAGAUGAUGUAGCAGAUAAUGACCUGUCAGAAUAUUUGGCUAAAUCCUAUAGAGAAAAGGUAGAUCUCUGCAUUGAAGCCUUUGGAACCAACAAGCAGAGAAAAGCCUUGAAUUCUCGGAGAAUGAAUGAAGUCAGAAAGGAGGUAUUAAAUAAAGCAGUGAUUAAAGCUGCAGAAGAUGUCAUAGAAACAAAAGGUGUUGCUGCAUUGGUUCAUGAUGCAGCAGAAGAUGAGAAAGCUGAUGUCUCCUUGGUUCUUCCUCCCUGCCAUGAAGAUGCUAAAACUCCAGAGGACGUCUAUAAAUUUGAAGAUAUCAUUUCACCUGCUGAAUAUGAGGCACUUCAAGCUCCAGCUGCAGUUUUCAUGAAUAUAACCUCAGCUGACAUUCUCAAGAUGACUGAAGAGAAAAGCUAUUGUUCCUUUGUCUUGGACAAACUUAAAUCCAUGCCUUCGGAUAAGAAGAGUUACGAUCACAAAGCACGUUGCCUCUGGUUUUUUGACUGUCUUGUCAAGCUGAUCUCACAAAAGGUUGUUAAGAAGAAACAUGCCAUGGGCCCCACUUGUCCAGAUAUCAUCAGCAACAAGCUUGUGAAAACUUUCACAGCACUGUCUUAUGGCAAUGGCAGGAUACAAAAUCUAAUUUCAGCUUCAAUGAAAGUUAAGAUAACAGCAUAUGCGAUAGCCCUGGCAUUGCAUAUUGACCGUUUUCAAACGAAUCUGACAGUCUUGCAGCGAGAUCUGAAACUACGUGAAAACAA